AUGGGCGAUGCCUGGGGGCAGAGCCGGGACCGUCACGCUGCACAUGUUUGUCCAGACCUCAUGUGCUACAAACCUGGUGCCUUCACCACCACCACUGAUGACAGAGCCUUCCUCGGGCAGAGUGAUUGCAUUAAUUACCCUGACGAUGCCCCGGUGCCAUCUGUGGGCCACCUAGCUGUUCGCUUGACUCAGCCCCAGGCUUCCCAGCAGACUGCAGGCCUGUUCCCAGCCAUGGGCCCCCGCAGCCGCCCCGUUCCGUGCCCGGUGAAGCCCGCAGCAGGCGGCAGAGGCACCGGUAGCUUCCAGAAUGGCCUCUCUGCAGGCUCCCAUGGGGGUUCAGGGGGGCUGGGGAGCACGAGCCUGUCUGGAGCAGCCGGGGGCUCCCUGCCCCGGGCUCUGCUGGAAGAUGGGACAUUUGAGGUCCAUGUAAUGAUGCAGAGCCCCAUGAAGGAGGAAAAGCUGAAGCAGAGGGGAGCUGAGGUCGUGAAGGCAGAUCAGGACGGUGAGCCAUUGCUGGAGCUGGCCUUGGUGGGUGCUUACGGAGCCUUUGUUGUCACCAAAUUCUGGGAGCACUGCAGCAAAGAGAAAGAAAUCGUGCAGGGAAAGCAGCUUGCUGACUUGUCGAAGCGCCCCGGUCUGCACCACAUCGUGUACAGCGGCCUGGAGAACGUGAAGCAGCUGAGGGGCUGGCUGGAGGUGUUCCACUCUGAUGGCAAAGGCGUGGUGGAGGAGUACUUCCAGAAAACUGGUGUUCCCACCACACUUCCAUUCUACUGUGAGAACUUCCCCUCCAUCUUCAAGCCAUGGAAGGUCCCGCAGGGUACCUUUGUCCUGGUGCUGCCCAUGGGGGACACCCCCAUGGAUGGGAUGGUGGUGGCUUGGCCUGUUGUGCUUUGCCUGCUGAAGUCUCCGGAAGAGUACAUCGGCCAAGUGCUCGGGCUCAGCACGGGCAAGCUCACCGAGCCAGAGUACGCCACUGUCCUCUCCCAGCAGACGGGCAAGACUGUACAGCAUUUUCUACCCGAUUCUGCUUUGCAGAUCUCACCAGAGGAGCAGGAGAAACGUGGCUUCCCCAGCGCCAAGGAGAUGGCCGCUAUGUUUCGUUUCUAUGCCCUGAGGCCGGACUGCAACAUGGACCAUGUGCAACUCAAUCCUAAAUCCCGCGCCUUCUGUCAGCGGGUGGCAGGCACUAAGGCCGCCUGCUGA